AUGUCAAAAUUCUUGUCCAUUUUUAUUCAAAAAUCAUCUGGUUAUCUGGACACAAAACACAUAAUACUUGCGAUGUCUAAGAGAAGUAGUUUCCACAAAACUCCUAAAUUUAAGCCCGAAGUGAAAGUGAUUAAUAGUAAAUCCAAACCAACUAUAAACAUGUCUUUCCGAACGAAGAAAGUUGAAGUGUUACCCGAGCCUAUCAAGUCUGAUGCUGAUAAAAAACUAUACAAAACUAUUCGCCUGGAGAAUGGUCUAACAGCGCUUCUGAUAUCGGACUCGAGCCGUCUAACUAUUGGUAACGAGACCAGCUCCAGUGAGGAGGAGACCAGUGGCUCUGAUGAGACCACAGAUCCUGAAAGUGAGAGUGGAAAGUCUGGAGUAUCUACUGGCAGUGAUCAUCAUGGCAUGAAGAGACGCGGCGAAUAUGACGAGGAAAAACUGGCAGCAUGCGCGCUCUGCGUCGGCGUGGGCAGCUACAGCGACCCCGCCGACAUACAGGGGCUGGCUCACUUCGUCGAACACAUGGUCUUCAUGGGCAGUGAGAAAUACCCCAAGGAGAAUGAAUUCGAUUCCUUUAUUAAGAAAAAAGGUGGUUCAGACAACGCAUCAACGGACUGUGAGGUGACCACCUUCUACUUCGAGAUCCAGGAGAAGCACCUGCCCAAAGCGAUGGAUAUGUUCAGCCAGUUCUUCGUCAGUCCACUCAUGAUGAAGGAGGCCAUGCAGAGGGAACGCGAGGCUAUUGAGUCAGAAUUCGCAAUAGCAUCACCAUCAGACUCUAACAGAAAGGACCAGUUACUCUCCAGCUUGUUUCCCGAAGGUCAUCCAGCUCGAUCGUUCACGUGGGGCAACCUGCGGAGUCUGAAGGAUGAUAUAGAUGAUGAUGAGCGUCUACAUCAGGCAGCUCACACGUUCAGGAAACGACAUUAUAGUGCGCAUCGGAUGACUGUCGCUGUUCAGGCACGAAUGGAACUAUCAGCCCUAGAAAGCUAUGUGGUGAACACGUUUGGACAUAUUCCCACCAACAAACUGCCGUCCGAUGACUUCAGUCAGUUUACCUUUAAACCUGACACUGUCACACCGGAGUUCAGAAGCAUCUACUACGUCAAACCUAUUGGAGAUACUACUGAGGUACAUUUAACAUGGUGCAUGCGCUCGCUGCUCUCGGAAUACGAGUCCAAGCCGCACCAGUACAUAUCGUACCUGCUCGGACACGAAGGGAAGGGCAGUCUUCUAUCAUUCCUUAGGAAAAAGGUGUGGGCUUUAGGCAUAUACACGGGAAACUCAGAAAGCGGCAUCGACUACACAUCAAUGUACAGUUUGUUCUCUACACAAGUUGUGCUCACUAAGGAAGGAUUAGAUCAUGUUGACGAGGUGCUCGAAGCAAUAUUCUCAUACAUAAAUAUGCUGAAGAAGAUCGGACCUUCGGAACGAAUAUACGAUGAAAUAAGGACGAUAGAAGAGACAAGUUUCCGGUUCGAGGAGGAGUCUCAGCCGGCGGAGUACGUGGAGACACUGUCGGAGAACAUGCACUUCUACCCGCCGGAGCACUUCAUCACUGGGGACCGACUCUACUAUAAAUAUGAUCCUAAGGGUAUAUCGGAGCUGCUGGAGUGUAUGCGCGCGGACACAGUGAACAUAAUGAUCCUGUCCAACAAGCACUCCACGCCCAUCAACUACGACGCCAAGGAGAAAUGGUUCGGCACCGAGUACAAGAAAAUGGAAAUCCCAAGCAAAUGGCUGAACCGUUGGCUGACAGUGGAACCAUACACCCAGUUCCAUCUCCCUGAGAAGAACGUGUACAUUACAACAAACUUCAGCCUCGUUCAACCAGACCCAGUGUACUUAGAGACCGCUAACGAAUUGGGUUUAGACCUUAAAAACAGCUCUAUCAAGGAUAUUCAUAAAAAAGUCGAAGCCAGUAAUAAAAAUACCAAGACUUUGAGCCACGGCGAUCUUAUUGCUACUGUUAAUAACUUCAGACUGGACCAACCUAACUUAAUACGUAAGAAUAGGCACAUGGAGCUAUGGUAUAAGCCAGACUUCAAGUUCCGGUUUCCAACAGCAUUACUAUACUUCUAUUUUAUAUCGCCGCUCAGCUUGAAGUCACCUAGAGAUUCAUGUCUUCUCGAUCUAUGGACGGACGUUUUACAGCAAGGACUCAAGGAAGAAGUAUACCCAGCCAACAUGGCUGACUUAUCCCACUCUUUGUACGUCGGAGACAAAGGGCUCACGAUGAAAGUCACGGGGUAUAGUCAAAACUUACACUUAUUAGUGGAGCUAAUAACUCGAGAGAUGCGGUCGUCGACGAAGAAUUUAACGACCGCCAUGUUCGAGGCGGUGCGGGAAGUUCGGGCGCGGACCUACCACAACGUACUCAUCAAACCGCACAAAUUGGCCAAAGACGUCCGUAUGAACAUCCUCCUGAUGCCGUACGUGUCGCCGCGCGACAAGGCGGCCAUCAUACACAACAUCACUCUGGAGGAACUCAACGACUUCAGCGACAGGCUGCUGGACAAGAUGUAUUGCCAGAUCCUAAUGCAAGGUAACUUGGCGUGGCACGACGCUAUCAGGAUAUCUGAGAACGUACUCUCCACCAUCAACUGGAACGCACUCACCGAGGAAGAGUUCCCUGAUGUGAAAGUACACCAACUACCUCUGGGCGAGCGUAAGAUCCGUGUGAUGAGCCUGAACGAGGCUUCAACAAACAGUAUCAUCACCAACUACUACCAGGGUGACGCCACCAAUCCUAAGGACACUGCUACACUGGAAGUGCUCAUGUUAUUGAUGGAGGAGCCAGUAUUUGACGCGCUCCGUACAAAGGAGCAGCUCGGGUACAGCGUGUUCAGUAUAAUGCGGUAUACAUUCGGAGUGCUCGGGUUCUCAGUUACUGUCAACACACAGGUUGAUAAAUUCAGCGUCUCGUACGUGGACGGUCGCGUGGAAGCGUUCCUGAAGAAGUUCGCCCGCGACAUGCGUCGACUGACCGAGAAGACGCUCUCCGCCACCAAGCACUCGCUCGUACAACUCAAACAUACCACUGACUAUGAACUCAAGGAGGAGGUUGAGAGGAACUGGCGAGAGAUUGUCAGCAGGGAAUACAUGUUCCACAGACUAUUCUUGGAGGCUGAUGCCAUUGAGAAGAUCAAGCUAGUCGACAUCAAGACCUGGGUCGAAGACUACUUCCCGACAGGCAACAAGUCCAAAUUCAGGAAGCUAUCUGUACAGAUAAUGGGUCACAAAUCCAACAAGGACAAUGCGACCACACCAGAUUUGCACCCGAAGCACUACGAGCUCACGUACUUGGACGCAAGCGAACCAAUAGGAGACACCAUUGAGAACAACGCAGACUUCAUCAGAGACAUAAAUGCCUUCAAAGUGGAGCUGCCAUUUAUAAACAUACCGAAAAUCGAAUUUGGACAAUGCUGA